CGGGCGGGGAGGAGGCAGGGCCGGGCUGGGCCGGGCCGGGCCGCCUGCUUGCACGCCUAUUUGAGCGAAAGUAGCGGUUCGCGGGCGCUCAGUGCCGGCCGCCGCGGAGAGGUAGCGGGUGAGCGGCCGCCAGUCGGUGCCCGCAGCCGGUGCGGCGCUGCCCGCCGCCCCCCACCCCCCCCGCCUCCCGCCCCCUGCUGAGGACUGCCGCGCUCGUCGCACGAGUGGCGGUGGGGGGAGCCGCCCCGCGGGGGCCGCCUCUGCCCCUUACCCGCCGCGCCGUUAAUGGAAACAUGGCGAUGGCGGCUCCGACCGGCAGCGCCGCGUCCGUCGCCCCGGCCCUCUGCGGCCACCUGGCCCUGCUGCUGCUCCUCGCCGCCCCCGCCGCACACGGCUACAGCUUCCCCCAGCAGCACACUAUGCAGUACUGGGCCAGAAGGCUGGAGCAGGAGAUUGAUGGAGUGAUGAGGAUAUUUGGUGGAGUCCAGCAGCUCAGAGGGAUCUACAAUGAGAAUAGAAACCUGUUUGAAGUCAAAGAGAAUGUGCCAAGGAAGUUGGUGGAGAAGGUCGCAGGGGACAUUGAGAGCCUCUUGGCCAAGAAAGUCCGUGCUUUAAAGAGACUUGCCAACGCUGCGGAGAAGUUCCAGAAGGCUCACCACUGGCAGGACAACAUCCGGGAGGAAGACAUCGAGUACUAUGACUCCAAGGCUGACACUGAAUACGAUGAUCCCGAUGGAGAAGAGAUCGAGAGGGAGAAGUCCAACUCCUUGAAGCUGGAGUUCACCGACGAUGCCAACUUCAAGACCAAGGUUAACUAUUCAUACGCUGCCGUGCAGAUCCCCACGGACAUCUACAAAGGCUCCACUGUCAUCCUCAAUGAGCUGAACUGGACGCAGGCACUGGAAGACGUCUUUAUCGAGAACCGGAAGGAGGAUCCCUCCCUGCUCUGGCAGGUGUUCGGCAGCGCCACUGGCGUCACCCGCUACUACCCCGCCACACCGUGGAGAGCCCCCAAUAAGAUCGACCUCUACGACGUGCGCAGGCGGCCCUGGUACAUCCAAGGCGCCUCCUCCCCAAAGGAUAUGGUCAUCAUCGUGGACGUGAGCGGCAGCGUGAGCGGCCUCACCCUCAAGCUGAUGAAGACCUCAGUCUAUGAGAUGCUGGACACCCUCUCAGAUGACGACUACGUCAACGUGGCCUCAUUCAACGAGAAGGCAAAGCCAGUGUCGUGCUUCAAGCACCUGGUGCAGGCCAACAUCCGGAACAAGAAGGUCUUCAAGGAGGAUGUGCAGGGGAUGGUGGCCAAGGGCACGACUGACUACAAGGCUGGCUUUGAGUACGCCUUUGACCAGCUGCAGAAUUCCAACAUUACGCGUGCCAACUGUAACAAGAUGAUCAUGAUGUUCACGGACGGUGGUGAGGACCGGGUGCAGGACGUCUUUGAGAAGUACAACUGGCCCAAUAAGACGGUGCGGGUCUUCACCUUCUCUGUCGGGCAGCACAACUAUGACGUGACCCCGCUGCAGUGGAUGGCCUGCGCCAACAAAGGUUACUACUUCGAAAUCCCUUCCAUCGGUGCCAUCCGCAUCAACACACAGGAGUACCUGGACGUGCUGGGCAGACCCAUGGUCCUGGCUGGGAACCGAGCCAAGCAGGUUCAGUGGACCAACGUCUACCAGGAUGCCCUGGUAAGGACGCAGGGGCUGGGCCUGGUGGUGACGGGCACGCUGCCGGUGUUCAACCUGACAGAGGAUAGCAGUGACAGGAAGAACCAGCUCAUCCUGGGCGUGAUGGGGAUCGACGUGGCUCUCAAUGACAUCAAGAGGCUGACACCGCGAUACAACCUGGGGGCAAAUGGUUACGUCUUCGCCAUCGACCUGAACGGCUAUGUCCUGCUGCACCCCAACCUGCAGCCCCAGAUCAUCAAUUUCCGUGAGCCGGUAACGCUGGACUUCCUGGACGCUGAGCUGGAGGAUGAGAACAAGGAGGAGAUCCGUAGAAGCAUGAUUGAUGGGAACGAUGGGCAGAGGUUCAUCAAGACCCUCAUCAAGUCCCUGGAUGAGCAAUACAUCGAUGAGGUGUUCAGGACCUACACGUGGGCCCCCAUCAAAAGCACCAACUACAGCCUGGGGCUGGUUCUGCCUCCCUACAGCACCUACUACAUCCAGGCCAACCUCAGCGACCAGAUCCUGCAAGUGAAGUAUUUUGAAUACCUGCUGCCCAACAGCUUUGAGUCGGAGGGACAUGUGUUCAUUGCUCCCAGAGAGUAUUGCAAAGACCUCGACUUGUCGGAUAACAACACCGAGUUCCUGGAAAACUUUAUUGCCCUCAUGGAAAAGGUGACCCCAGACUCCAAGCAGUGUGACAACUUCCUCCUGCACAACCUGAUCCUGGACACAGGCAUCACGCAGCAGCUGGUGGAGCGGGUCUGGAAGGACCAGGACCUCAACACGUACAGCCUUCUGGCUGUCUUCGCAGCCACUGAUGGGGGCAUCACCCGCGUCUUCCCUAACAAGGCUGCAGAUGACUGGGAGGAGGAACCGGAGCCUUUCAACGCCAGCUUUUAUCGGAGGAGUUUGGACAACAAGGGCUACAUCUUCAAGCCGCCCUACCGGGAUGCCGGCUACCGGGGGCUGGACCUGGAAAACAACACCAUUGGGAUCCUGGUGAGCACUGCAGUGGAGCUCAGUAUCGGGGGCAAGACGCUGAAGCCAGCAGUGGUGGGGGUGAAGCUGGACCUGGAGGCCUGGGCUGAGAAGUUCAAAGUGUUGGCGAGCAACCGGACGGACCGCGACCAGCUGGGCACCCGCCGGUGCGACCCCUCAACCAGCUGUGAGAUGGACUGUGAGGCCAACAACAAGGACCUCAUCUGUGUUCUUAUCGAUGAUGGGGGCUUCCUGGUGCUCUCCAACCAGGAGGACCACUGGUACCAGGUGGGCAAGUUCUUCAGCGAGGUGGACGCUAACCUGAUGUCUGCCCUCUACAACAACUCCUUCUACACCCGCAAGGAGUCCUAUGAUUUCCAGUCUGUCUGUGCCCCUGAGGCCCAGAGCAACACAGGCGCUGCGCCCCGUGGUGUCUUUGUGCCUACUGUGGCCGAUCUCCUGAACCUCGCCUGGUGGACCUCGGCUGCAGCCUGGUCCCUCUUCCAGCAGUUCCUGUAUGGCCUCACCUACAGCAGCUGGUUCCAGACAGAGGAGGUGGCAGGGGACAGCAUGGAGGCCAGGGAGACGAGCUGCAUAAUGAAGCAGACGCAGUACUACUUCAGCACUGUCAACGCCACCUACAACGCCAUCAUCGACUGCGGCAACUGCUCCAGGCUCUUUCAUGCUCAGAGGCUGGCCAACACCAACUUGCUCUUCGUGGUGGCCGACAAGCCCCUCUGCAGCCAGUGUGAGUCCAUCAAGCUGCUGCAGGCAGAGGUAAGAGCCCCGCCGAGGGACCCCAAUCAGUGUGAGCUGGUGGACAGGCCCCGCUACCGGAAAGGUCCCCACAUCUGCUUCGACUACAAUGCAACAGAAGAUACCUCAGACUGUGGCAGAGGGGCUUCCUUCACCCCCUCCCUGGGGGUCCUGCUCUCCCUGCAACUGCUGCUCCUCUACUCCAGUGCCAGCUGGCACCCACUGCCCCCAGCCGCCUGCCUUUAGCAUCCCCAGCCACACCGCCAGCUCUCUUUCCUUUCAAGCUCCAUCUCCAUCCCCCUCCCUGGCCCAGUGGAGUGGGAGCGACGUCCCCUCUGCCACCUCGGGGACCCCGUGAUGCUGCCCCGUUCUCCCUGCCGGCCGCAGCCAAAGAUGAGUCGGGGUGUGGGCAGGGGCUCCCCAGCAGAGUAGGGAUCGGGUCGGUACCCCAGCAUCGCGCUCUCCCAGCCCCUCGGACUCAGAAAGUGGCAUCGGUGGCCUCCACCCACAACCCCCCCAUCCACCUUGCCUAUUUUUUUAGCCUGAAGAUUUUAAACCAGAUAUUUCUACAUCGAGUUUCAGACAUUUUCACCUGGAGAACGGCGGUGUUUAUUGACAGCAAUGAGGACACAAGGGAAAAAAAAAAAAGGGGGGGGGGCGAGGAAAAAAAAACAACACACAAAUAUGAAAAAAGGACUUGACUGUGCGGGUCAGUAUUAUUUGUUCUAGUGGGUACCAGCCCUCCCCGGCCACCCAGGUGUGCAGGGUGGACGGUGGCUCCAGCAUCCCUGUGAGCUCGGACCACGCAUGGGCAGGGGCAGAGGUGGUGGGCAGCUGGCCUUGGCCUGUGCCAGGGUGGGAUGGCACCUUGGCCCCUGCUCUGGGCUCAGCUGCUCUCAUGCACUCUUGGGCACAGAUAUUGGGGUGAAAAGGAGGGGGAAAAAAGUGUAUUUUGUUUCUUUUCCGUUCUGCAGAUCACUGUGAAAUCCUGCCCGUUCAGCCCUGCCCACCCCCACGGCCUCAUUCACCCAGCAGCCCUGCCAAAGAAACUGCUCCGGCCAGGGGGACAUGCCGCCUGUCCCCAAAUGGGGUGUGCCAUGUGCCCCCGAGCGGGUCGCGCCAUGUGCCCUGCAGCAGGAUGUGCCGCACGUCCCUGAGCGGACGUGGAGCAGGAAGCGCCACAUGUCCCCAGAACCCCAGAAGGGACGUGCCAGACAGCUGCGGCUGGGGGAGCUGCUCCCUGGGUGCUGCUGAGGUCCUGGCUGGGGCCACCCAGUGUUAGGGGAGUGGGAGGAGCUCCUGCAACGGGGUGCCCCGAGGUGUUGGGGGGUCACACCGGGGCACUCAGGCGGGGACAUCCCUCCCCCCAGCCAAAAUGCUGAGUGCUGAGGAGGUGGAUAGAGCAGCUACUCGGCCCCAGCACCCCACUGCACCCCACCACCUGAGCCAGGAGAGGUGCUGUGGGGCUGGGGGAGCCUGGCAGGGUGCCCAGCUGUGACACCCUGCAGUGCUGCAGUGCAGGGGGUGCCAUACCCACAACCCCUGUCCCCCACUGCUCCCAGAAGCGCCGGGGACCCCUGCUCAGGCAGGCAUCCCCAGGGACCCUCACCCCCCCAGCGCACCCUGCUCAGAGCCACUUCAUCAACCAGGGCCAGGGGAGCCCACUUGGCACAGCCACCCCGGGGGUGCUGGGGAGGGUGCCAGGCGCUAAUUAGUGCUGGGGUUAAUUAAUGGUCAUUCUGCUUGUAGCUUUUUCAGUGUGUGUUUGGUUACUGUCUCUGGGAACCGUGUUUGAACAGAUGGCUCUGUGUUACCGGGAGUGUGUGUACUUCUGUAGUCUAGUUAGGUGCUCUGCCAGAAAACCACCACUAUACAUACCUAUAAAUAUAUACAUAUAUAGUCUAUUUUAAGUUAAAAAACAGUAAGGCAAAGGGGUGGCAUGGCCCCAGGCCCCCCCCAUCCUGCCGGGGUCACCUCCUGCCCUGCCCCCACCUGAAAGCUUCUCUCUGCUCAUUCAAAGGCAUUGGGUUUUUAAUUGAUUUUUCUUUAUUUUUAAUUUCUUUGGGUUUUAAUUUUUUUUUGUACAGAAGAGUUGGAAAACUUAAGAAAAACCAACAAAAAGACAAUUUGUAAGAUAUCGUGCGUGUGACUCCUUGUAAAAUAUUUUCAAAUUGUUUAUUACAGAGACUCAGUUAUUAAAUAAUGUUCAUAUUUUCACUUCA